CCAUAACGUAGUUCAACCAAUAGGAAUUGAAGAUACCGCGCAUGCGUACAUUGCACAGCGAGUCCAGACUAUGGCAAGAUAGUACACGAGUCACGCAGCUACAGCGCCUGCUAAUCACUCUGGUGAAGGAUGUCGUAAAGCUCUUUCAUGGCUCUGAAAGUGGUGCGGAGGCUGCAUGUGCUGAGGCAAGCGGCUCUUCCUCAUCUGCUCUCUCCCACCACUCUGAAUGUGUGUGCCAGGCAGCAUGUGUGUGCUCCAGGCAGUUGCACCUUGUUUCAGGGCUAUCGUCAUUCUCUCUCUGGGAAAGAGGGGAAACUGCAAAAAAGGCAGCUGUGCAUCACAACCCGCGAGCCUGUUUUUCUUGUAGCUGGAUCCAUCCGCCUUUCCCGUGACCCGUCUACACGAGGUGCUUUCGCGUCUCUGCUGCAUGGUCUGAGCUCUGAUGAGGAACGUGCCUUUAAACAGCGGCUUUUUUCCAGCAUGACUUCUCAACAAGUGCUGCAACUCGUUCACUCCACCCCACACCUCUCAAGUGCAGGUGCUGUUGCUGUUCUCCACCGACUGGCUGAUCUGGAACAGGAUGGAGCCAGAGGACUUAAGGAACCAGAGAUGCUGCUGUCUGAUCCAACUUUAAACAAGAUGUGUCUGAAGUUACAGCAAGACUCUGGUGAGCUAGAAGACGAGGUGGUGGUAAGAGCUUUGCUGGGCUGUACACGUCUUUAUCUAGACCCACAGAGUCACUUGCUGAUGAGAUUAAUGUCCGAGAGUCAGGUACGGCUAAACACAGGUCGCUUGAGCAUUGAGACGUUGUGUGAGUUAGUGCAAGCACUUUUCGCAGUCGAUGGGCCGUGUUGUGGCAUCGUAGAGCAGGCUAUGAGGCAGAUCCAGAGCAAAGAUCCAGCUCAUUGGAAUCCAAGUGAGCUGACCUCUGUCUAUAAACUGCUAGCUGCAGGGUUGGGUGAAGGUGGGCAGUACCAGGAAUUGCUGAAUGAAAUGAACACUCAAGCACUCAGACUUGCCCCAAAAAUGGACCCUGUAACCGUCAGCGAAACAUUCGAAGCUCUCGUAAUGCUGGACCAAACGCAGGCACUCCCACUGGUGAUUGCUUUGUGCAAACAGGCUGUGCGUCACGUGCCGAAAUUUGCGGAUACGGAACUGUCGAUCGUUUUGUCUGCACUUAUGCAUUACGGACACAGUGAUCACUUUCUCAUCGAGGCUUUGGAACGCCAUGUACCCAAAACAGCUUUUACAGCUCAUCCUGAGACAAUAAGCAGAGUAAUGCAAUAUUUUGGAAAACAGCGAAUUUUUUCUCCUCCAGUCUUUGACGCAGUGGCUGAGAGCUUUGUGUACAGGGCAGAUGAGUACACCACGGAACAGGUAUCUCGGCAGAUAGUUGCACUGGGAGCAUUGGGAUAUGUACCUCAGGAGGCUGGACGACUUUUCCGGAAGGUGGAGUCUGUCUUGAAUGCGCGUUUUUCACACUUCCAGCCUCGAACACUGCUUGACUUGCUGCACGCUUGUACCCUUCUACAGAGAUUUCCACUCAACUUUGUCUCAAAGGUCUUCAGCCCAUUCUUCCUACAGCAGCUUCAGGAGGGCAGUGUAAUGGAUCAAGGGGUGCUGGCUCAGCUUACACAGCUCUACAUGACAAUGAAACUGGAAUGUCCGUUCUAUCGGGGUCCACAAUUCUUACCUAAGCUGCGAGUGAAGUCAUUUCUGUCUCCUGGAUGUUCCUUGGAAAGUCUAGUAGACCCUCAUCUCUAUAACAGGGUGAAGAACGGCCUAGUGGAUUUACUAGGAGAUCGAACUUAUUUUGCCUCCAGAGUCCUUACACCAUACUGUUACACACUUGAUGUAGAGAUAAAACUGGAUGAAGAUGGCUAUGUCUUACCUGCUAGCCAUUUUGAGGAAGUACAUAAAAGAAUUGCUGUUUGUAUUGAUGGGCCAAAGCGCUUUGCUGCUAAUGCCAGACAUCUUCUGGGGAAAGAAGCUAUCAAGCAGCGACACCUAAAGAUUCUGGGAUAUGAAGUUGUUCAGAUUCCCUAUUAUGAGAUUGAAAACCCGAAGGACAAGAUAAACACAGUCGAGUACCUGCACAAGAAGAUUUUCCCUCACACAUACCGACUCAGCUGGUGAUCACUAAGUUUCCACAUGCUGCAGGAUUCAUGCCAGCUUCACUUCCUCAAACUUAUGCAGCCUAUUCUGAUACUAGACUCACACAAAACAGCCGUUGUUCUCUCUCUGUCCUAUACAUUCAGAAGAUAAACAGAUAAGACAGAGUUAAGUCUUGUACUGCUGAUUGUCCUAGUUUAUGUAUUUUUUUAAAUGAGAAAGUGCCAUGAACUAUAUAAAUUAUUUGUUUAAAUAAAGGAAACAGACCAUGGUGCUUCUGAAAUGUUGUCUUGUCAUUUGUCAAAUAGGGAAUUCAGUCGUAAUUUCACACCCAUCUACGUUUAUGUAUCUGGAAUAAUUUCCUUCCAUCAC